GGAGGGCUCCUGAUCAGCCGCCCUGCUUGUGGUUUGCACAUUGGAUGGUCUAGGCAAUCAUUACAGUAGCUGAUACACUGGGCACAAAGCACCAGGUGAUGUUUGAAAAGAAAAUGGCUCCCAUUAAAAUAAAUCCUGAUGACAUCAAUAUCUAUGAUCUGUUUGGAAACUCUACCAUCCCUGAAUACUACAGUCCUGAUCCAAGAUUGUCACCCUGUCCACAGAUAAUUAUCAGUAGUUCUGUAAAUGUUGUGUUGGCCAUUGUCUACAGCCUGGUGUGUUUCCUCGCCGUGACAGGGAACCUGGUAGUGAUGAUCGUCAUUCUUCACAAUCGGCGCUCAACAUCAUCCACGGACAUCUACCUGCUCCAUCUGGCCACGGCUGACCUGCUCUUUGCCAUCUCUCUGCCCUUCUGGGCAGUGGAUGCCACAUCUGGGUGGGUGUUUGGAGAUGCCAUGUGUAAGGUUGUCAGCAUGCUCCAGGAGGUGAACUUUUACAGCGGCAUCCUGUUGCUGACCUGCAUCAGUGUUGACCGUUACCUCGCCAUCGUCCACUCUGCCCGAUCCCACAGGCAGAAGUGGCCAUUCCUGAUCAAACUGGUCUGUGUUGUCGUGUGGGUGCUGGCUGUUCUCCUGUCUUUACCCAUCCUCUACAAGGGCAAGUUCGACUUCUAUGGAAGAGUCCUGUGUUACGAGUUACUGGAGGGUGAAUCCAUCGCAAUCUGGAAAAACAGCACCAGGUUCUUGCGUCACAUCAUUGGGUUCCUCAUCCCACUGGAUGUCAUGGUCUUCUGCUACAGCGUCACCAUCCUCAGACUGUGUCAGACAAAGGGUUUCCAGAAGCAGAAAGCCAUGAAGGUCAUUAUCGCCGUGGUGCUUGCAUUUCUCAUUUGCUGGCUGCCCCACAAUAUCACCGUGUUUGUUGACACUCUGAUGAGAAGCAAGCUCAUCGCUGAGACUUGUGACAGGCGUAAACACAUCACCAUUGGUCUGAAUGUGACCCAGUGUUUGGGAUCCCUACACAGUUGUGUGAACCCAAUCUUGUAUGGCUUUAUCGGGAUAAAAUUUCGGAAGAACCUGGUCAGACUCCUGGCUAAUAAAGGACUCGUGAAUCCAAGUGAUGAAUUUCAGUUUCAGAGGUCUGUCCAGUCCUCAGUCACUGGAACAACAUCAACUGCUAUUUAGAUGCAGUGUGAGAAGUUCUGCCAUCUUUCAAUGUGAGGUUGGAUGCAUAAUAAAGGACUGCUACUACUAUUGAUCAAACUCUAUCCUAUUCUGCCUGGGGAAAGUCACUUGUAGUUCCAUCAAGGUAUAAUUAAAGAUUAAAGAUUAGUUGUAAUUGUCACAUAUACAUCAGAAAAUACAGAUGAAUCUGUCCUGUUCUGCCAAGGAAAUAGGACAUAGAGUAUGGACCACAGCCUGUAGUGGGCUGUAAUGCUCUAUGUUCUAUGUAGAUUCUAUGACCAUCAAUAAAAAUCUUAAUGAGCAGAUGUCCCUGAACAUAUCUACACAGAACACCACUGGUCACUGAUGUCCGUGUCGAAUACACUUCAUUGAUGAUCAUCCCUGCCUUCAAUAUGCAAAGCAAUUCUGUAUCCACACAUCCUGGUUUUCCAAGAUCCCAUGCAUCCUGACUUUCUGAACGAGCCUACCAUGGGGAACCUUACCAAAUGGCUUACUAAAAUCCAUAUACACCACAUCCACUGCUCCACCUUCAUCAAUGUGUUUUGUCAUAUCCUCAAAUGAUCCAGUCAGACUUGUGAGGCAAAACUUACCACUCACAAAGCCAUGCUGACUAUCCCUAAUCAGACUAUGCUUCUCCAAAUGCUCAUAACCCCCAUCUUUAAGACUGCUCCCCAAUAAUUUGCCCACCACCCUAGAAAGUCUCACUGGUCUCUAAUUCCCAGUAUUAUCCCAACUUCCUUUCUGGAAUAACAUUUCCCACCCUUCAAUCAUCUAUUACUACUCCAAUGGGUAGUGAGGAUGCAAUGAUCAUCACCAGGGGCAUAGCAAUCUCUUCCCUCACUUCCUGUAGUAAUCUGGGGUGUAUUCUGACUUUCUGAAAGAGUCUCCCAUGGUUAAUAGAUAAAAUCACUUGUGAAAAGUGAUUUUAAAUUGCUUCCAGAUAAUAUCAAGUGAAGAGAGAAUAUCAAGAGAAACAAAUUUUGAACAUAACCGUGUUACAAAUGUGCCACAACUCUGAGGGGCCGAAGGGUACAAAGUAGCCCCCUCCUUUUCUAGAAUCGCAAGAUCGCUAUUAAUUCGGGUCUGGGACCCAGGAAAUGAGAGAGAGAGACAUCCAGAAUACACAGGCUUGGAACAGGUCCUGGCCUCAGCAAGGCGGAACCAUUGAUAAUGGCUUUUGUCUCUUGGGGAUGGACUUGUGUAUUGAGUACUGAACUAUUCAUUGAAGCCCUCAGGGAAUGAGCAGAGUGGGCUGGUUGAGGGAUUGCAUCAUCCCAACCUGAUUGACAUCUGAGACCCUGUGAGUAAGGAUAAAAGAUGGUCUGGGGAACAACCCCUUCAGACACACCAGGAGAAACAUAUGAGACCGGUGGAGGCUUGUGUGUGUGGCCAUCCUUGCCCGGAUGACAAGUCCUCUACGGAACGGCCUCACUAAAGGACGAAUACGGAUCAAGAGCGGAUAAAGGAAAGCUGGCAAGUUUCUAUUCUCAAAACCCCUCUCUCUCUCCAACAAUUGAAAAUCCAGCGGUCCCCAAAGGCUGAAGCCUGUGUGAACUGAGUGAACUAAGUGACUCUUAUAUUUCCAUCGGACAAUACGUUAUCCCCUAGACAACAAUAGAGCUUAUUUCUUAUUGAUUAUUAUUAUACCCGCACUUUUAGAUUUAGUACUGAUGACGUAUAUUAUCUGUAUGUUUGCAUUGAUAUUACUUUUGUGUAUUUUUACUAAUAAAUACUGUUAAAAAUAAUACCAUCAGACUUCAAUAGACCUCUCUAUCUUUGCUGGUAAGUGACCCAGUUAUGGGGUUCAUAACAACCGCAAGUGCCUGAGACUGUAAAUAAAACCAGAAAAUGCUGUGAAUUCUCAACAGAUCAGUUGGGAUCUGUGGAGAGACGAAGCUGAUGAAAUGACAUUGACCUGAAUUUCUACCUGCUUUUUCCUCCAA